AUGAAUGGAUAUGAAGGAAGACAAUUAUCGAGUUGGAUGAGAAGUGUUAUAGUUCUGAGAGACUUGGUGGAAGUUAUACUUUUGGACUGUGACGACUGUGAGGAGCUUCCUCCACUAGGUAAACUGCCACACUUGAAAAAGCUAGAGGUGAGUGGAAUGAAAAAUGUGAAGUGGAUAGACGGUGAGACGUAUGAAGGUGUGGAGGAGAAGGCCUUUCCAUCAUUGGAGAAAUUGAGUGUGGAGAAUUUACCAAAUUUGGAGAGGUUGUUGAGGGAUGAAGGAGUAGAGAUGCUCCCUCGUCUUUCCCAAUUAAAUAUUUUUGGCGUCUCCAACCUUAAAUUUCCACGUCUUCCUUCUGUUGAGAUACUUCUUACUAGAAGCAUUGACGAAGUGACUUCCUUUAUGGAAGGGGUUGUGGGGAAUAUGACUUGUCUAAAGACCUUGGACAUUCAAAUCAUUGACGGAGCGGUGGUAUUACCCGACCAACUCAGUGGGUUGGGUGCACUACAGGACCUACGCGUUGGUUAUUGGGAUGAUUUGGAGUACUUCCCAGAACAUGUGUUGGAAGGUCUAACUUCUCUUCGAAAUUUGGACAUUCAUUUCUGUAAGAAAUUAAAAUCCUUGUCUGAAGGUGUUGGACAUUUGGCUCGUCUUGAGAGUUUGUCUAUCCGCUAUUGUCCAGAGUUGAUGGAUCUACCAAGUAAUAUGAGCCAACUAACUACCCUUUGGAAGGUCUCAAUCGCGGGUGGCUCCACAUUACCGGAUGGCUUAGAACGUGUCCCCUCCCUACGUUCUUUGUAUAUAUGGAGUUGCAAGUGUGCUUCAUUACCGGACUGGCUGGGAGACAUCACUUCUCUUCAAGAAUUAAGCAUUGUGAACUGUUGGGAGUUGAGGUCACUGCCGAGUAGCAUUCAACGCCUCACCAACUUGUCUUCUUUAAGUAUACGCAACUGUCCUCAUCUGGAGAAGCGGUGCAAAAGGGAAUCAGGAGAGGAUUGGCAAUACAUAAACCACAUUCCACGAUUGGGUCUACAUUUCCAGAUGAAACCGUCAUUUUCUGGAUUUUUCUGAAGUCCAUGUUGUUGCUCUGGAUGCAGUCGUUAUGCUAUGAAUAAGCUUAGCAGUUAUUCUAAUAAGAUCAGUCCUUUGGUAUGCAUCAUUCUUUUAAUUUUUCUGUAAUUUUGUUCUCUAUGUAUGUAGUCAAUGAUGGCAUUUUCCAAAGAGACUUCAAAUUUUUAUCUGCUAUAGUUCUGUA